AUGCAUCAAUCCAACAUUCUCAGCACUAUUCUUUUCAGCAGUCUUGCUCUUGCCGCACCCGCAUCUCAUGAUUCUCAGUCGGGAUACGCCGGCUACGGUCCCCCAGGAAAUGGCUCUUCCUCUUCCGGUCUGAGUCUGAUCCAGCAACUCGAGCUUGCACCUACAGCUGUCGACCGCAUCGCUCUCCUCUCCCCAGCGGACUUCUUAUACGACUUCCAGAACCCUCCAGCAAACACAGACGCCAAAACCACCGGCAAAGGCGGCUUCACCGUUAAGGCAGAUCGCAAAGUCUUCCCCGCUCUCAUCGGCACAGGCGUAGCCAUGACAGUAGGCUUUCUCGGACCUUGCGGCUUCAACACGCCCCAUAUCCACCCACGGAGCUCGGAAAUCAACAUCAUCAUCGAAGGUCGACUAGGAACAGAGUUCGUAGCCGAGAAUGGAGUUCCUCCCAUCGCAAACAUACUGGAGAAGUUCCAAAUGACUGUUUUCCCUAAGGGAGCAGUCCACACAGAGUUCAACCCCGACUGCACCAACGCCACUUUCGUUGCUGGAUUCGGAUCAGAAGACCCUGGAGUCCAGCAGAGCGCUCAGACACUCUUCAGCCUUGAUCCAGAGAUUGUGAAAGCCGUUCUGGACGUCGAGACGAUCAAUGGCGAGAGCAUCGAACAGUUCCGCAGCAUGAUUCCUGCCAAUGUUGCUAAUGGUGUUGAUGCAUGCUUGAAGAAGUGCGGCAUUCCGAAGAGGAACUGA